UCUGGUUUUGUUUGACUAUCACCAAAAAAAAUAAAUAUUAUUGUCUCUGGUUACUUUGUGAUGUCGUCGUCGAGUAUCGAGUGUCGUCUUUUGUAAAGUUUUAUCAAGAUAUUCCCGGAAUAAGUUGGUGAACGUGAUAAACUUUUCUAGUAGCCUAUGUCUCUAAAAGUGACUUGUCGUAAAAUUUGUUUAGUGUUGGACUUGGACAAAGAUUUGUGAAUAUAAGUUUCUAAUUUUAGUCAUCCCUAGUGGGAUUCUUUGGCAAAAUGAUGACCGAAAAUAGGAUUAGUUCAAGUAAUCACGUUGGAAAUAGCAUGAGCAAUCAGAACAAGGGAGACGUCGAUAAAACAAUCGACGACAUCGGUUGGAAAUCAAAAUUAAAAAUACCCCCAAAGGACAGAAGAAUAAAGACCAGUGAUGUAACAGAUACUAGAGGUAAUGAGUUUGAAGAGUUCUGCCUGAAACGUGAGCUGUUGAUGGGUAUUUUUGAAAAGGGUUGGGAAAAACCAUCCCCUAUUCAAGAGGCUUCUAUCCCCAUUGCACUUAGUGGUAAAGAUGUACUUGCAAGAGCUAAGAAUGGUACUGGCAAAACUGGCGCAUAUUGUAUUCCAGUUUUAGAACAGGUUGAUCCCAAAAAAGAUGCUAUUCAAGCUUUAAUUGUGGUACCAACUAGGGAGCUAGCGCUCCAAACAUCACAAAUUUGCAUUGAGCUGGCCAAGCAUACAGAUAUACGCGUAAUGGUAACUACAGGAGGCACCAAUCUCCGGGAUGAUAUUAUGCGUAUCUAUCAGAAUGUUCAAGUUAUAAUUGCUACGCCAGGUCGUAUGAUUGAUCUCAUGGAUAAACAAGUGGCCAAGAUGGACCAGUGCAGAAUGCUGGUACUAGAUGAGGCAGAUAAGCUCUUAUCCCAAGAUUUCAAAGGCAUGUUGGACAUGGUUAUUUCACGAUUACCCAAAGAACGCCAGAUCUUGCUAUUUUCUGCAACUUUCCCAUUGAGUGUAAAACAGUUUAUGGAGAAGCACCUGAGGGAACCCUACGAGAUAAAUCUCAUGGAAGAAUUGACCCUGAAGGGAGUCACACAGUACUACGCAUUUGUUCAGGAGAGACAGAAAGUUCAUUGCUUAAAUACACUAUUUUCAAAGUUACAAAUAAACCAGUCGAUAAUAUUCUGUAAUUCGACCCAGCGCGUGGAGCUGCUGGCCAAGAAGAUCACGGAGCUGGGCUACUGCUGCUACUACAUCCACGCGCGCAUGGCGCAGGCGCACCGCAACCGCGUGUUCCACGACUUCCGCGCCGGCCUCUGCCGCAACCUCGUGUGCUCCGACCUGUUCACGCGCGGCAUCGACGUGCAGGCCGUCAACGUCGUCAUCAACUUCGACUUCCCGCGCAUGGCCGAGACCUACCUGCACCGCAUCGGCCGCUCCGGCCGCUUCGGCCACCUCGGCAUCGCCAUCAACCUCAUCACCUACGAGGACCGCUUCGCCCUGCACCGCAUCGAGCAGGAGCUCGGCACCGAGAUCAAGCCCAUCCCCAAGGUCAUCGACCCCGCGCUGUACGUGGCGCGGCCGGACGACGACGACGCGGCCGACAAGUAACGCCGUGCCGCCGCCGCCGACGCCGUCGCCGCCGUAGCGGCCGCCGCGCGCGCCGUCUCGCGCCACUCUUCAAUCUGGACUUGCUGACUGGUGAAAGGAAUUUACAUUGAAAACACAAAAACAAAAAACUUAUCUAGUGUAAUGAAUUUGAAAAAAAAACAUUCAAGUGUAAAUAGUGAAAAUAAGACUUUAAACCUCAACGGUUAUUUUAUAAAUUGUAAAUAACUUGAAAUAAAAAGGUUUAUUUGCGUACAUCGUCCAUAUUGGAUUACGUGCGUAGAUGCCUUCAUUGUUAAAAACGUAAAAUAUUUAUCUGAGUACCAACUGUGAGAGUCUAUCUAGAUUUGUCAUAAUCUUAACAUAAAUUGUGGUAGACUUUCAACAGAUAAUUUGAUCACCUGCCCAUAUGUUCGAAAUUUGAGCUAGCACCAUUGUUCUUUUCAACAGUAAAUGACAAUAUAUUCAUUCUGUGAUAUGGGCAGGUUAGAGACUAGCUCAAUCAAAUUAAUUCGACCAAAUGUAUCUAAAAUCAGCAUCACAGGCACUGUUUUUGCCCGCUUGGAACAGUGUCUUAUUAAAGUCAAGCCGUCUUCUUGUAAUGGUUAUGUACAACGAGUUUCCAUACAAGGGACUGUUGAGCUUCAUAAACAGCUCAUAAUGCAGUCUUUGAAAAUCAAUUGAUGUAUGAAAAUUUUUAAAUCAUUAAUUUCAGUCUCCUAUGUAUACUCAUUUACAUAACCAAUUUCCAGUAUUUAAUUCGAUUUAUUGUUGAAAACAAAGCGGUAACAGUCACAGCAUUAAAAAAUUUAAACAAGGUUUGGCAGGCAACACUUAUUAACUAUGAAAGAAAAGAUAUAUUUUAUAGUUAAUUUUUCUUCCUUGCAACAUGCAACUCUCCAGAUAUCAAAUUUUUAAGUGGUUUGCCUGCCUCAUCAUCAAACUGGAUUGUAUUCCUUAACUUUUUUUCACCUUUAUGUAGCUGUGACUGAUAACGAGGCAAGGGAAUGCGCUGUUCUAUUACGGCUUGUAGAUACGGUUCAUUACUUUGUCUGAGGGGUAUUUAGUUUAGAGAGCAUUUAUGUUUCAAUUACUCAAAAACCAUUUUCGCUCUCUGGGGUUAAAACAUUUGGGAUUUCAAGUGAAGAGUUGUGGUCAGUUUAUAACAAUACCUAAGUUAAAAAUUCGUUUACUACAUUCAAUUUGCACUAAAUGACUCGAACUUGGUUUUCUAAAAUGAACACUGCCUAUUAUUUGUAAUAGUAGUUGUCCAGCUCAGGGAUACAUAUUUUGGUUCAAUUUUAUUGCAGAAAUUAGUUCUCUAAACAUGUUUGAACCAACUAAGCAUUUAAAGUUUUGCUUACUUUCAGAAGAGUACCUAAGCAAUAUGAUAAACAUUGAAAUAGACUGAUUGGAGUAUCAAUUUUCAUGGAGAAAAUGAAUAUUGUUAUUUUAGGCAGAUCUGUGAUAUUCAUUCAUUAUAAUUUGUAAGAUAAGAGAGAGAAGCCUUAAAAACUGUUCUGAUGAGAUGAAAUUUGUUGAGGUAUGUUUUGGUGUUGCUAUAGAAAAUGAGAAUGUGUGAGUGCUUUAACACGUUUACAAAUAAUGUGUUCAUCGUGCUUAGUAAUUACGGUUUAAAAAAAAACAGCACGAUUUGUUAAUAGUUUAAAUUGGAUUAUUAUUCUGGACAUGAUUUUACAAGUUAUGAAAAUACUGCGUCACCACAAUAUUAAACGAGUAUGUACUUGUCUCAUCUUAACAGACGUAAGGCACAAAGGCAUAUCAGAUAGAUUUUAUAAAGUUGUUCAAAUUCAAUAAAAAUCAUGCUCUUGAAGUUUACAAACAAA